CCGGGGCCACAGUGGAGCUGGGCGAGGCGCGCGGGCAGGGCGCAGCGUUACCAUGAGCGAGUCCACCACGCGCGCACACACACGCACACUCACGCACGCACGCUGCACGUUCGCUAUCAGCUUCGGCCAGGUGUGCGCGCUCAGCUUGGGCCACAGACGCUCGCGGCGGAGCGCAGGAUGCACGGCGGAAAGAGAGGCCUGGUGGCACCGCAGAACACCUUUCUGGAGAACAUCGUGCGGCGCUCGAGCGAAACCAGUUUCCUUUUGGGUAAUGCCCAGAUCGUGGAGUGGCCUAUAGUGUACAGUAAUGACGGAUUUUGCAAGCUGUCUGGCUACCACAGGGCUGAGGUCAUGCAGAAGAGCAGCACAUGCAGUUUUAUGUAUGGUGAACUGACAGACAGGAAGACAAUAGACAAAGUCAGACAGACCUUUGAUAACUAUGAGUCCAAUUGCUUUGAAGUGCUGCUUUAUAAGAAGAACAGGACACCAGUGUGGCUGUACAUGCAAGUGGCCCCGAUCAGGAACGAGAAUGAUAAAGUGGUUCUGUUCCUCUGCACUUUCAAGGAUAUAACCGUCUUCAAACAGCCCAUUGAGGACGAGACCACCAAAGGAUGGACCAAGUUUGCAAGGCUGACCAGGGCUCUGACCACCAGCCGAGGCACAGUACAGCAACUGGCGCCUAUGAACAAGACUGAAGUCAGCCACAAGCCAUCACGACUAGCUGAGGCACUUCAACUUGGUUCGGACAUCCUCCCGCAAUACAAGCAAGAGGCCCCCAAAACCCCCCCUCACAUCAUCCUACACUACUGCACUUUUAAGACCACCUGGGACUGGGUCAUUCUCAUACUGACCUUCUACACCGCCAUCAUGGUGCCCUACAACGUCUCCUUCAAGACUAAGCAGAACAACCUGGCCUGGCUGGUGGUGGACAGCGUGGUGGACGUCAUCUUCCUGGUGGAUAUUGUGCUGAACUUUCACACGACGUUUGUGGGCCCUGGAGGGGAGGUCAUAUCGGACCCCAAACUGAUACGUAUGAACUACCUGAAGACCUGGUUUGUCAUAGACCUGCUGUCGUGCCUGCCCUAUGACAUCAUCAACGCCUUUGAGAACGUGGACGAGGAUCCUAUAUCGGACUCCACUGCAGUUGGCCACCUGCCAGCGUCGGGCAGCUCCCCACGGAACGCCACGCGGGCGGAAGACUCCGUGCUGCCGGGUCUCAGCAGUCUGUUCAGCUCGCUGAAGGUGGUGCGUCUGCUGCGUUUGGGGCGUGUAGCUCGAAAGCUGGACCACUAUCUGGAAUACGGAGCUGCUGUGCUGGUCCUGCUUGUCUGCGUCUUUGGCCUGGUGGCUCACUGGCUGGCCUGUAUCUGGUACAGCAUCGGUGAUUAUGAAGUGAUUGACGAGGUCACCAACACCAUCAAGACGGACAGCUGGCUGUAUCAGUUAGCCAUAAGCAUCGGCACACCUUACCGAUACAACGCCAGCGGAUCGGGCCAGUGGGAGGGCGGUCCCAGUAAAGACACUCUCUACAUAUCAUCCCUCUACUUCACCAUGACCAGCCUCACAACCAUAGGCUUUGGGAACAUCGCUCCAACCACGGACGGGGAGAAGAUCUUCUCUGUGGCCAUGAUGAUGGUGGGCUCUCUCCUGUAUGCCACCAUCUUCGGAAACGUGACCACCAUCUUCCAGCAGAUGUACACCAACACCAAUCGCUACCACGAGAUGCUGAACAACGUGCGGGACUUUCUGAAGCUCUACCAGGUGCCUAAAGGCCUGAGCGAAAGAGUAAUGGACUACAUUGUUUCCACCUGGGCUAUGUCCAAAGGAAUAGACACCGAGAAGGUGCUGUCCAUCUGUCCCAAAGACAUGCGGGCGGACAUCUGCGUCCACCUGAACCGGCAGGUGUUUAACGAGCACCCUGCCUUCAGGCUGGCCAGCGACGGCUGCCUGCGCUCUCUGGCGGUGGAGUUCCAGACCACACACUGCGCCCCCGGAGACCUCAUCUUCCACGCCGGAGAGAGCGUCGACACACUCUGCUUCGUGGUGUCUGGAUCACUAGAGGUCAUUCAGGACGACGAGGUCAUCGCCAUUCUAGGUAAAGGCGACGUGUUUGGUGACGUGUUCUGGAAGGAGACGGCGCUUGCUCAUGCGUGUGCCAACGUGAGAGCGCUGACGUACUGCGACCUUCACGUGAUCAGGAGAGACGCCCUGCUGAAGGUGCUGGAGUUCUACACAGCCUUCGCUAACUCAUUUUCCCGCAACCUCAUCCUCACCUGCAACCUCCGCAAGCGGAUCAUCUUUCGCAAAAUUGCUGACGUGAAGAAGGAGGAGGAGGAAAGGAGGCAUCAGAAGAACGAGGUGACGCUCUCCAUUCCUGUGGACCAUCCGGUUCGCAAGCUCUUCCAGAAGUUCAAGCAGCAGAAGGAGAUGAGGACACAGGGUUCGUUGCAGUCAGACUUUGAGCGGAACCAGUUCCAGGUGGAGCACCAGCUCCAACCCCUAUCUCACCAGCAGCACCAUCACCUUCAUCAUCAUCAGCCCCAGUACCAGGUGCACCACACACUCCAACAUCAGCACGGACCCCCUAUGCAAAACGGGGCCCCUGUUUCAGGCAGUAUUGGAGGGAACGGUGGCCCCAGUGUUGUGACUGUCUCACAGAUAACCCCUGUGCAGAGCUCUCUGGCUUACAUUCAGAGAGAGGACUCUGGCCGAGGCGAUGGCCACGAGGCCUUGGAACUGAAGCCCAGCCUGGGCGUAGGGGGACAGAACUGCCUAAAAGUCACCAGUCCAGUUCGCCCCAGGGCAGGGGGCGGUGGGCGGGGCUGGAUGCGUCUCAGGAACCCGGGGACUGGAACUUCCCUCGCUCCUCCGCCUGAUCCGGUCCGGCAGCAGAGAGACGAGGAGUGGGGAGAUGUUUCCCAGUCCGUGGAGCUGCUCUCAGAGGACGGCAAGAACCAGGAGGCCGAGGGGGGAGUUCCCAGGGGUGCAGGAGGAUCGGACAACGGUGGCAAUGACAACGGCAAUGGAAGUGGCAACGAAGGUGGUGAAGAUGAAAAAAGUGCACUACACAAGACUGAUUCUUGUGACAGUGGUAUCACCAAAAGUGACUUGCGCAUCGACAGGGCCGGGGACUCUCGCAGCCCAAUGGAACGUAGUCCGAUGGAGCGGAGCCCGUUCGAGCGAAGCCCAUUCGAGCGAAGUCCAUUCGAGCAGCCCAGUCCUGGAGCUGGGGUCCUGCCUCCACAAGUUCUUCCAAUCCAGCCUGGUCCGGAGCCAGCUCUCCUACAGAACAGCUUGCAGGAGGCUAAGAUGGAGCUGAAGGGGGACAUCCAGACGCUGAGCGGCCGUCUGUCUGUGCUGGAGGCCCAGGUGGGUGAGAUCUUGAGAUUGCUCUCUGAGAAGAGCAGACAGAGCCCACCUCCACAGACUUCAACCCCCAAAACCAAACUCAAAUGCCAGGACAUCUUCACCGUCUCGAGGCCUGUCACCCCAGAAGCGGAAAAAAGAGACGAGGGACCCUUUUGAAUCGAGAGAGAAUGUUUAUUUAUGGGAUAUAAGUUGGCGGGUUUAUUUAUUACAGGUCUCCUUUCCUCACUUGGCAACAGAUGAGGAAACUGUUGAAGGAGGAAAGAACAGUUUGUAUUGUAAAUAGAUGCAUGUCCAGCUGGAAUCUGGCCUGCCGAUGAAGUCUACUCUAAGAAUAGUGGUUGCUUGUAUAAUUAUGCAGUCGACUGCAUGCAAAACGAUUUACAGAGACUUGAUUUUUUUUAUAUUUGCCCCUAGGCGCUGGACUAUCUCUUGACUGACUGAUAUUUCAGGGCAUUUAUCUUUAAGAGCAGAUGCACUGUGCCCCUGCACACAGGAGCUCUGUAGCUGUAAAGAAAGGCUUGGUUUGGUACCUUGAUGAUGCUGCUUGAACAAAGCACUUCUGCAGGCUGACUUUAGCUGAGGCUGCUUUUAGUCUCUUUACACCCUUUCUUUUUUUCCGACACAUAUCCUGACGUCUCUUUAGUAUUUAAAUCUUUUCAACGCCUUUCAAAUCACAGCAUGCAGACUAGAGUUGGAGAUUUCGAAGAGAUUCCUUUGCUUCUCCUCUAAUAGGUUUGAGGAAUGAGAUAAAAUGUAGCUUCAACCCUUUGAUUUUCCUCAAUGUUCUUUUUCCCCAAAGAAGCAAUAUUGUCACGGUCGAUUUACCAUUACCGAUUUGACGAGGAGGACGCUGCCGACUGUGGGGCGGCUGGGUAAAACGCUUUAGUAUGAUAUGAGUGCAUGCUGGAUGGGGUUGAAUGCAGACUGGCAUGAUAGGGUUAGAAAGCAUUCAUUUACCUCAUAUCACUUAUACAAAUGAACUCAACCUGCAACAUGCAUCCAACUUGUAGCACUGGCUGCAUUUUGGGGAAAAAUGUCCACGGCAGUCGUAGAAGCAUGAACAUAGCCACAUCAAUCUUAGAACAAGCAUGGAGAGUAUUUCGUUACGCAUGAUAUCAAUCAACUUAGGAGUGUUCACUAUACAUAGGACCGACCAAUAGAUACAGAUUUUAACAUUUUAAACAGCUUCAUCCAGGUUUUUUACAGUUAAUUACCCUGAUUUUGCACAUAAUUAGAGGAAAACUCCAUAUUUGUAUUUGGUGAAGCUAAAUUACAAACUGAAAUAUUUUACUUUAAGAUCAAGAUUACUUUAAGAUAAGAUAAAAAAAAAAGAUAAAGCAUUAUCAUUUAAACAUACUCUGAUUACCAGAGUAUGUUUAAAUGAGUACCAGAGUAUGUUUAAAAUGAUUUAUUUUAAUAAUAUAUAAAGCUCAACCUCCCAUGCCCUUUCUGUGCACAACAUAUUCUUGCUCUCAGUGUCCUUAAAAACAAACAGCAGCCGAGGUGUUGAACAGUAUCCAGUUUACAUGGUGCUUACCCAAAGGCCUUGGAAAACAACAAACAGUACCACUUCAUAAUUCACAAGGAAAGUAAGAUUUGUGAGUCUUACAGGGCAUCAUUUGAACUCAGUUAUCUCCUACAUAACCUAAAUUGCCCUCCAAAGGAACAAAAGUUGCACUUUAUUAAAUACAUAGAAAUGCAUAUACACUCUUUACACUUUAUUUUGGAACAUGUGAACACCUAUUCAUUAAUUGAAUUAUUUAAUUAGCCAAUCAUGUGGUAGCAGUGUAGUGCAUAAGAUCACACAUAUAAGGGCCAAAGAUGCCAUCAAUCAUCAGUAUUGCAUAUGUGUUGGUGCCAGAGAGGCUGGUUUGAGAAUUUCUAGAACUGUUGAUCUCCUGGGUUUUGUUUUAGACACAACCGUCUCUAGAAUUAGAAUUAGCCUCUUAGAAUUCAAAUAAGCCCAAAUAAAGAAAGAACAUCCAAUUUAGCAGCAGUUCUUAAGACUGAAAGACGGAAAAGCGCUUAACCUUAGAUAACCUCUAAGCAUUGCAAACCCAAAGGUGGGUGAGCUACAACAGCAGAAAACCACUUUAACAACAGAAAGCUGAGGCUGCAGUCAGCAUAGAUCAUCAAAAUAGACAGCUUAACCCUAAAAAUAAAAAACGGCAGACAUUGAUAAAUCUGAUUUCUGCUCAGGCCAGAAUGUGACCUUUUAUCAACAGUCCUGGGGGUAAUGCAGGUGGUGUAAUGAUGUGUAGAAUUGUAUCAACACCACAGAUUGUAUCAGAUGGCACAGAUUAUUUGGGUAUUUUUGCUGACCAUGUGCAUCCCUUCAUGGUCGCACAUUACCCAUCUUCUAAUGGCUACAUCCAGCAUGAUAAUAAACCAGGUUACAGGUUGAACAUAUUAAACAUGAUAAUUGAUGAGAUCAGUCUUCAUCAGUGGUCUUCCAAGUCACAUCACAAUUAAACACCAAUAUAACGUGGUAAAACGAACAGGACAUUCCCAGCAUUAAAGUGAGAGAGGUUCAACCCAGAGUGGUUCCAGAAUAGUGUUCCAAAUAAAGUGCUUGCUGAGUGUUUAAAUAAUACUAAUAAAAAAUACUUUUUAUUUAAUACUUUAAUUGUAGGUUGUUGCAGUUGCUGACAUUGCAAAUGUCAUACAUCAGCAUAGUGGAGCGAAAGUUUUUGAAUCAUGAAUACUGAAUCUUGCAUUAUAAUUAUUUUAUUUUAUUUUUUUUUUACUAAUUUUAGUGUAUCCAUUUUUUUCUUCUUUUUUUCUGUCAACAAAGGAACUGGUUAAAUGAGUGGAGUGAGCAAAUUUGUCUGGCCUUAAUAAUAAUAAUCACUAAGCAAUAAUUUUACAGUUGAAGCUGCAAGCUAGUGCUGCUAGUCUUCAAAUUGCAUACGUAAAUAAGUAUUUAAACAUUUAAUCAAUGUGAAACUUUGAUUAAACUCAGAUAACUGGCUUGUUGUACUUACUAGUCUCACUAGCAUCAUUUAUCAAGGUUCUGCUCUCUGUGCAUCAUCCUCCUCCAUGGUUCAGUUUAGACUUCAACAGUGUGUUCUUACAAUUGCUAUAUAUGCGUGUGUGUGUGUGUGAAUAAAUUUCCUUUGCUGGACAUGUUCCUUAUUACCUAAACAUAUUAAACUCCCAGGGCACUCUGCGUUACUGAUUAAUAAUCUACAAAGAGUAAUGGCCCCGAGUGUGGACUUCUGCCUUUAGAUACAAAAAAAAUGCUAAAUUAGCAUCAAUGCGUUCUAUUUGAUCUUUUUUCCCCCUGUGGAUUCUCUUUGAGUCUGUUGUUCCCUCUACAGAAUCCAGCAGAGGGAGGAGCGGAGACAUGUGUAUUAAUUACGACUCCGUGCACAUGGAGAUAACAGAUGCUAAACGCCCCAAUAUUGUCGCAGAAAGAUGUUCAUCUACAUAAGCCAGUGGAAUUGAUUCACUGCUAGGACCUCAGUGUUCCAGAGAGGGAGUAGAGUUUGUGAAAGCCAGCUAGGGUCUCACCCUGCCAGCCGUCACCACUUUACCGGUGGGGAUUCAUUGGAGAAUGCCUCCGUUUCCCUGAUGCACAUUGGAGCCGAUCAUCACAAAGCUGUUAUGGCCCAGGGAGGCUCCAGGCAUUUGACUGCAUGCUGCAUUUUUGACCUGUACAAAACUUGAUGCUAAUGAGAAUGAUGUUUGCCUACCAAAGCAGCGUUUCGCUGUGACUUUCAUGCACACGCACACAUGCAAGAUGCUCAGGGGCCUGGUCCAGAUAUAUGGAGGAUUUCCCAGUGCCUGGAAGACUGCAAACUGCUGUAAGUGAUGCUGUACCAGAAGAAGCAGUUGGUAAAAAUGUGGCAGCAAUGCUUUAAUUCAUUUAACUAUUACAAUAGUGCAGUUUAUUUAGAAAUAUUGUGCAAAAACAAACCAAAAAGAUUUUUGUUUCUUUGUUUUCUUCUUCACUGAAAACUCACCCUUAUAAUGCUGUACUUCAGUGGAGUGACUUUACUGCUCCUUAAUAUGUGUGGUAUUCAUACAAAACGAUUUUUGGAAAAUUUUAAUUUUAAGUGCGCCUUAUAGUCCAAAAUAUAUGGUACAUGGAAAAGGGAAAUGGUUGAUCCAAAAAGAUUUUUCUUUGUUUGUUUCUUUGUUUUUUGUCCUUCAUAUUUAAUAUUUAGUGGAAAAAAACAAGUACUUUAAUAUUUAUUUACAAUUUAUAACUUUUAUUUAAUUAAACGUAAAAGUUUACUAUGUGUUGCCAUCUGUUGUAAAGUUUUCAUUUUUAAGAUGGAACGACGUACAGUAUCUAACACUCUUACAUUGAAAGAUGUUUACUAUUUAAAUCAUUGCAGUAUGCCAAGAUACCCAAAUUCUAGAAGACAUUAUAUAUAGCUUAGUGUUUUU